GUGGGUCGUAUAUUGACUUCGUACCACCGCAUUCAGACUCUUGCCUCUACUGGUUCACCCAUCAGCAAGAUCGCCGCCCGAUCGCACAGCCUAGUUGAUUCGGCUACCUGCGACACUCGUUUGAAUCGGUCUACUCGUUUCGUCUCUGAUCCGCUCCAAGAUCGAGAACGAAUUGCUGCAGAAGCAGUUCGCGUUCCCAGGGAAUCUAUUCCGCGGAAGCGUCAGCGGUCCGAUAGCAGUCCGGAUCCGGAUGUGGAUAAUUCAUCCACAUCGAGGUCUUCGGCUUCUCUAUCGACCCCCGGUACAAACAAAAGAACGACUCGACAAGUCCGUCAAGACAACAAUAGUCAUUCACCAGGCAUGAUCCCGAAGACCGCCAGAUCUACCCACGAUAGCCUAUAUAGGGAGCUACGGAGAAAGUUGACUCCUACUGAUCAAAAAGGCUUCAUAGGAGGCUACAAGAUUGGAUGGACGACUCGAGUAUUCAGAGAACGUAUCGUCGAACAUGAGAAGGGCUGCAACUUCACAGCUGAUAUAAUUCACGUCUCGGAUCACGAGAUUGAAAACUGUUCUCGCCUGGAAAAGCUUGUGCAUACUGAUCUGGAAAGCCAUUGCGUGCCGAUUCAAUGCGACAAACAUAAAUCGGUACACAAGGAAUGGUUUCAGGUUACUGAAGAGAUGGCAGUCGGGACCGUGAAGAAAUGGGAAAAAUUCAUGCAUCGAGAAAGACCAUAUGGCUGGAACAGACAGCUAAAGAUCGUAUGGGAGUACCUCCUCGAGACAAGAGCGCCUACAUCUCUCGACGUACGUACAUUGGCACAUGAUGCUCGUCAAGAGCAUUGGGAGAGAAUAAUUGCGCCGCCAACAACGGACGACUACCUUCAAGCUUACCGAGUUCGCAUUCAACUGUUGCUGAAAAACCUCUUCUGCAACCUAUGCGAUAUCUGGUUGUGCGUACAGAAGUUCUUCUGGCCAAUUUCCAGCUUGAUCUACGGCAUGAUCACAUUAGUCUUGGCUCGAAACCUCCUGGCAUUCUAUGCGUUCGUGUUCGUGCUUGUAUGCGCCAGUAUACAUGUCAUGUCUCAUGUAACUCUGAGUCCUCCAAAGCGAAAGUCUCGGACGCCUAAGAAGAUGAAUGCAGUAGCUAGUCCGCUGUACGGGUAG